CACUGGGCGCGUACUAACCUUCUCCCUACAGUUUGAUUCGAGUACGGUGACAGGAGGAGGGGAAUAGGACUAAGAAGUCGGCAAAAGAAUCCAUCUUUGUGCAAUGUGGAAACUAAGGACGAGGGAGAAGAAGCGGCGGCGGCAGAAGGAGAAGAAGCAGGCCCCAUUUCGCACCAUUUCGGCGCGUGGGCAAUGCCAACUUUUGUCGCUUUAAAUGUCGACAGAGGCGACGUGAUGGGAGCAAUGGCAAAGGUCGCGACUUUCUUCGACAUGGUUGUGUCCCCUCCUCGCCUUCGAGUCGGAGCAGAGUAGAACAGCCGAGAGGAAGGAGAGGUGAGGUGGGCGACGGGAAUGGGAAAGGAGGGGGAAGGGGCGCGGAAGCUGGUGUUCGGGAAGUACGAGAUGGGGCGCGUGCUCGGAAAGGGCACGUUCGCGAAGGUGUACUACGGCCGCGAGAUCAGCUCUGGCGAGAGCGUUGCCAUCAAGGUGAUCGACAAAGAGCGGGUAAGCCGGGAAGCCGGAAUGAUGGAGCAGAUUCAGCGGGAGAUCGCGGUGAUGCGCAUGGUCCGCCACCCCAAUGUGGUGGAGCUUCGGGAGGUGAUGGCCACCAGGUCGCGCAUCUUCUUCGUCAUGGAGUACGUCCGUGGCGGCGAGCUACUUGCCCGCGUCGCCCGUGGCCGCCUGCCUGAGGACCUGGCCCGCCGCUACUUCCAUCAGCUUAUCUCCGCCGUCGACUUCUGCCACAGCCGCGGUGUCUACCACCGCGACCUCAAGCCCGAGAACCUCCUACUCGACGGGCACGGCGACCUCAAGGUCUCCGAUUUCGGCCUCUCAGCGCUCCCCGAGCAGCUCCGCCACGACGGCCUCCUCCACACCCAGUGCGGAACCCCCGCCUACGUCGCGCCGGAGAUUCUUCGCCACCGCGGCUACGACGGCGCAAAGGCCGAUCUCUGGUCCUGCGGCGUCAUCCUUUUCGCCCUACUCUCUGGGUACCUCCCCUUCCAAGACGAGAGCUUGACGGCGAUGUACUGCAAGGUGUUCAAGGCGGAGUACCGAAUCCCGCCGUGGUUCUCCAGAGAAGCCCGCCGCCUCGUCUCCCGCCUCCUCGUCGUCGAUCCCGAGAAGCGCAUCUCCAUCACGGCAGUAAUGCAGCACCCGUGGUUCAAGAAAGGGUCUCGGGGCCCGGCUCCGAUCCAAAUCCCUCCGCCACCGCCAAAGGCGCCAGAGGAAGAGGAGGAGGACAACCCAAGGACUCCGAGAUUCUACAACGCGUUCGAGCUCAUCUCCUCCAUGUCCUCGGGCUUCAAUCUCUCGAGCCUAUUCGAGAGCCAGCGGAAGGCGGGGACGGUGUUCACAUCGCGGUCGCCCGCGUCGGCGAUCGUGGAGCGGCUGGAGGGAGUAGGGCGAGCCCUCGGGUUCGGCGUGCAGCGAACCAAGUCGUACAAGGUGAAGAUGGAGGGGAAGGCGGAGGGGCGGAAGGGGCGGCUGGCAGUAGCCGCGGAGGUGUUCGAGGUGGCGGCGGGAAUAGCAGUAGUUGAGUUUGCCAAGACUUCGGGGGACACGUUGGAGUACGCCAAGUUCUGCAACGAGGGCGUGCGGCCGGGGCUAAAAGACAUCGUUUGGACGUGGCAGGGCGAUGACACAGCCUCCGUCGGCGGCGCAACCAACGGCGACGUCUCCUUCUAAUUCUUCCAUGCAAAUAACUGUCGUUUUAGCUCUGUGUAAAAAUGGGGAAGAAAAAGAAUUCAUGAAAAUGCUGAGGCGGUAAUUCUA